AUGAAAAAGUGGCUAGAAGAGCAAGAGAUGCGAAAAAUGGAAUUACAAUGGGAGGCGGAAAUGCGUGAAUUGGAGCUGAAGGAAAAAGCUCGCGAGCUGGAGCAUCAGCUUAAGGUGAAGCAAGACCAUCUACGAAGUAUCCAAGAAUUGGAAAGUAACUUUAAGGAACGGAUGUCUGUCAUUGACUACCAGCUGGGAAAAAUUAAAACGGGAAGUACAGCGAAGACAAAUUCAGUAGCUAGUCCGUUUGAGGCACCAUCCGGCCAAAUUAUGAGCAAAAGCACCCCACUGCGUAAUCCUGAUGUGACCAAUCCGGUGAAAGAUAGGCCGAGGCAGCAAUCAGACAUUGUGGAGACAGAUAGCGAUAGUGCUACGGACUAUGAAGACGAGAAAAGUGUGAUCGAAACGGACAGCGAAAUAGAUAAAAUAUCGGAUGAUGAACAAAUGACGAAUACGUCUGGUUCCCACAAAGAGCACAGCCAACUAGCCAAGCCCCCGCCGCGUUCCGGACCGACAAAGGCUCAACUUGCAGCGAGACACGGUAUUAGCAAACAGCUUCCAGCAUUUUCUGGUAAGCCUGAAGAUUGGCCAUUGUUUUAUGCCGCCUACACGUCGUCGACGGAAGCCUGUGGCUUUAGCGACAUUGACAAUUUGUCGCGCCUGCAGCAAUGCCUAAAGGGCAACGCACUCGAUCUAGUUCGUGGGCAACUACUACUGCCGAAAUCAGUUCCGCGAGUAAUUCAACAACUUCGUCAACACUUUGGUCGACCAGAGCAGCUGCUGCAGAGUCACCUUGAUCGCAUACACAAGUUGGACUCUUUGAAGCCAAAUAACCUGUGUGCUUUUAUACCAUUCAGUAAUGCCGUAGAGCAGCUUUGCGAGCAUCUUCAAGCGGCUGAAAUGAAACAGCAUCUAGUAAAUCCGCUAUUGAUAAAAGAUAUCGUGAAAAAACUUCCUGAUACAGAGAAGCGACAAUGGGUCGAGUUCAAAAGAGGAAGGAGGAAAGUAACAUUGCGCACGUUAACGAAUUUUCUUUCGCGAAUUGCGGAAGAUGCGUGCGAGGCUGAUGUUGAUGUUGAGUUCGCUCCAUCGGCACAGGCAACAGGGGGCCCGUCUAAUAAAAGAGGAAAAGAAAAGGGUCUCUUGUACAACCACUAUGAAGAUGACAGUUCGAGUGUCUAUUCGCCUUAUCAAAGAAAAUUAAAGCCAUGCAAAAUGUGCAAACGAACCGAUCACCGCCUACGGUAUUGUCAGGACUUCAAAGCAUUAUCGUACGAAGACAGAGUAGCGGUGGUGAACCGAAAUAAUCUGUGCAAGUUGUGCCUGGGCGAACAUGGAGGACAGUGUCGUUUCAAGUUUCACUGCACCGUUGGGGAGUAUAACGAGGCCCAUAAUGCACUAAUGCAUCCCGUAAAUGGCCCUUCGAAUCGGAUAGUUGGCAUGAGCGCACACAUUCGGACUAACAGUCCGGUGAUGUUUCGGAUCAUUCCAGUAGAUCUACAUUGCGGUGUUCACAAACUAACCGUAUUGGCCUUCCUAGACGAAGGUGCGUCAGUUACAUUGGUUGAAAGCAGUUUAGCGGACCGACUAGGUGUUGUCGGUGUGGAGGAAAAGCUAACUAUUAGAUGGACAACAGAUGUUUCGCGAGUCGAGGAAAAAUCCAGAAAGGUAAACGUGUGGGCAUCGGCCGUUGGAUCCAAAGAAAAAAUAUUUUUACGAACGGUUCGUACAGUGGGACGUCUUAUGUUGCCUCGUCAGAAACUGAAUGUGAAGGAUCUUGCCGAACAUUAUUCACAUAUGCGGGGAUUACCUAUUGCAUCGUACGAUGGUCACCCGGAAAUCCUUAUUGUAAUGAAUAAUGUUCAUUCAUUCGCCCCGCUGGAAGUGAAGAUAGGUUCAACAAUAGAACCAAUCGCCGUUCGGUGUAAACUGGGUUGGACGGCAUACGACCCGAAUCAAGCAGACCCAGCUGGUGGGUAUGUCUGCUUUCACCAAGAGAUCAGUAACGAGGAUAUCCACGAUCUCCUUAAAAAACAUUACGCGCUAGAAGAGUCUGUGGUUGCAAAACCGGCAGAAUCAACCGAUGAUGCCAGAGCUAGGGAAAUAAUGGAGAGAACCACUAAACGCAUCGGAGAACGUUUUGAAACUGGCCUGCUUUGGAAAUCAGACAACGUACAGUUUCCCGAUAGUCGCCCGAUGGCGCUGCGUAGGUUGUUACAACUUGAACGGAAGUUAGCUAAAAAUCCCGAGCUGUACCAAAACGUGAGAACGCAGAUCGUUGACUACCAGCAGAAGGGCUAUGCGCAUGUUGCCACAAAAGAAGAGCUGACUGAAACGGAAAAUAAUAAAGCUUGGUACCUCCCGAUUAAUGUCGUGAUAAAUCCAAAAAAAACGGGUAAGGUUCGCCUGGUAUGGGAUGCCGCGGCUACGGUGCAAGGGGUUUCACUUAACUCGCAGCUGUUGAAAGGGCCUGAUUUGCUAGUGCCUCUGGUAAAUGUGAUUAUCGGUUUCCGAGAAAAGAGGAUUGCCAUAGAAGGUGAUCUUGAAGAGAUGUUUCAUCAGCUAAAGAUCAUUCGAAACGACAGACAGGCUCAGCGGUUUUUGUUCUGA